AUGGCCUCCCACAGUCUACACAUAUCAGCGAGGGAUUUGGCGCUUACCUCUAUUGUUCCUCCUUUAACUACUGCUGUAUACCCAAUGACCCACGAGAAGAUUUCGGUAGUCAAAGACACCCCUUGGUUCACCGACAAUGAGUUCAAAGCUUCUUCCAGCGACAAGUUUAUUGACGUGCAUGACCCAGCUACAAACAACCUUGUCACCAGGGUACCGCAAAAUACAGAUGACGAACUAAAAGCUGCCGUUGAAAGCGCUAAUAGAGCAUGGCCAGCGUGGAGGGAUACUAGCAUUGUGGGGCGAGGCAACGAAUCAUGUUCAAGUUUACUCAGCUUGCAAGACUUUGCCGAUGCGAAAGGUGAUGUUCUCCGUGGGCUGCAAGUCGCUGAACAGUCUUGUGGCAUCACUGAGCAAAUGAAAGGAGAGCUUGUGGAAGUUGCCACCGAUAUGGAAACGAGAUCAUACCGUAUCCCUCUUGGAAUUGUCGCAGCUAUCUGCCCCUCCAGGGCUACUAUGAUUCUAGCGAAGUUAUGUCAAAAGGCCGGUUUCCCACCCGGAGUCGUGGACGUUAUUCAUGGUACAGCUAAGACCGUCAACUUUAUCAUUGAUGAACCUGAGAUCAAGGCUAUCUCAUUUGUUGGAGGAAACCGAGUUGGCGAGUAUAUCUACACCAGAGGCUCUGCAAACGGCAAGCGUGUCCAAGCCAAUUUAGGCGCAAAGAAUCACGCAGCUAUUCUCCCAGAUGCGAUCAAGAGCCAGGCUUUAAAUGCUAUUGUUGGAGCUGCUUUCGGUGCUGCUGGCCAACGUUGCAUGGCACUUAGCACUCUUGUGGCGGUUGGCGAGGCUAGAGAGUGGCUCGAUGAGCUUACAGAAAAAACUAAAGAGUUGUCUCUCGACGGCGGAUCCGAGCUAGGAGCUGAUGUUGGACCAGUGAUUUCGCCGCACAGUAAGAACAGAAUUGAGGAGCUCAUAGCCAGUGCCGAAGCCGAAGGUGCUACAAUUUUACUCGAUGGCCGCGGCUAUAAGCAUCCGGAGCCUAUUCCGAUUCCGUUGCCAAUGUUCUCUUUUACCGGAAACAAGAAGAGCAUCGCUGGGGGUGGAGCCAGCAACUUCUACGGAAAGCCAGGCUUGAAUUUCUACACGCAGUUGAAAACAGUCACGAGUCUGUGGAAGCAUGAGAAUGCGAACUUGGUGGAUAAAGUGGCCAUGGUCAUGCCGACGCAAGGCUAG